AUGCGCAAAAGUUGUGAUAUAAAAGGAGCUGUUGACGGGCAAAAUAUUUUACAAAUAGAGGAUGGGGGCUCUAUAAGUAAUGUAAUUAUAGAUGACCCGGCAAAAGGUAUUUGGUGUGAAGGAAGUUGUACUUUAACUAAUGUCUUGUUAGUUUUUUUAAAUUAUUCAAGGGGUAGCUAUAUUUUAGAAGAGGGUUAA